AACACGCCACUAAUAAUUGCUUACACCUCGCGCCCCAAGAAAUCCGCAAGAGAGAAAAAAAAGGGAAAAAUCCCCCCAAGACUAAGGGAGGCUCGUCAGAUCUGAUCCAUUUUCUUGCAGCAGCAGCAGCGGCGGCAGUCUCUUCGCUUUCUUGGCGGGGAGUGAGGUGAGGGAGUGGAGAAAGGAAGGAACCAAGAACCGAGGAGGAGGACAUGGCGGGGGACGGCGACGGCCGGUCGGGGCUUCCCCGGAUCGCGAUGGUCGGCGCCGGCAUCUUCGCGCGCACGCAGUACAUCCCCAGGCUCCGCGAGAUCACACACCUCGUCGUCCUCAAAGCCAUCUGGAGCCGCACCCAGGACUCUGCAAAAGCAGCCGCAGAGCUUGCUCGCGAUUUCGCGCCAGAGAUUGAGUGCAAAUGGGGUGAUGCUGGGCUGGAAGAGAUAAUGGGGGACAGUUCAAUCAUGGGCGUUGCUGUUGUUCUCGCUGGGCAAGUCCAGGUUGAGCUUUCCCUAAAGAUGCUCAAGGCAGGAAAGCAUGUGAUUCAAGAGAAACCUGCUUCUGGAUCGACAACAGAAGCAGAAACCGCACUGUCAAUCUACAACUCGUUUCCAAACCAGUUCCCACAUAAACCAGUUUGGGCUCUGGCAGAAAACUAUAGAUUUGAACCUGCCUUUGUGGAGUCAAGGAAAAUGAUGAGUGAUAUCGGUGAUAUGAUGAACAUCCAAGUUAUCAUUGAAGGGUCAAUGAACAGUUCAAAUCCGUAUUUCAAUAGCUCCUGGAGACGGAAUUUUGUGGGUGGUUUCAUACUGGACAUGGGUGUGCACUUCAUUGCAGGACUACGAAUGCUUGUAGGUUUGGAAAUAGCAACUGUAUCAUCUAUCUCCCGUCAUGUGGAUAUGGCUUUGCCGCCACCAGAUAACAUAUGUUCCCUUUUCCAACUAGAAAAUGGAUGUGCUGGUGUCUUUGUAUUUGCAGUCAAUUCAAGAUCACCAAAGAUAUUAUGGCGAGUCGAUGGAACAAAAGGAACAAUUCAAAUAGAGCGUGGAAUUGAUAGUGGGAAACAUGGCUACCAGGUGUUAUUCUCCAGUGAAAAUGGGCAGUGCCAGAAGACAUUUUACCCGUUCUGUGGAGUGAAUGAAGAACUGAAGGCGUUUGUCCAUGACAUCUUGGAGGCUAGCAAAGAUGGGGAUCACAAGGCUGAACCUCGCAGUUCCUAUGUCGAAGGUGCCCGUGAUGUUGCCGUUCUAGAAGCCAUGCUCGAAUCUAGUGCGAAGCAAGGUGCCCCAGUUCAAGUGAAGAGAUUCUGACAGAUCUGAAAUAGCAAAAAAAAAAAAAGUUCCUUCAACAGUGAUUUGUCCAUUAGACACAUGGAUUUUUCGUAUUAGUAAAACUAGCACUGUUCCAAUCUAAGUUCAUACCAUCGAGGGUAUAGAAUGCAAAAAUGACAGACCUAGAAGCAGCAUUCUUUAACUCAGAUCAACCAUUAUUUAACCUCGUACACAUCACGUACCCUUGUCUAAAGGAUCACAUGUACUGUUCCUUGUUGUUUACUUGCUUGCUAGCAGCAGCGCAUAAAUAAAGCAGGUGACAUGUCUUUCACAUG